AUGGAGAACUUGUUUAUAGUUUUCGAUCCGUCGUAUUUGUCGUUUGUUUGGCCGAAAAUAAAAAAUGGGGUUCAUUUAAACUUGGGAUAUCACUGUUGGGAGGAUGUGAGUGUGUUUUUAAAAGAUUUAGCGGAAGGCAGAGCCUGGGCGUAUAAGGCUGCUGACGCCUCGGGACGCUAUCAGUCAGGUUUAUUCAGCGGCAGAAGAUUUUGGCUCGGUUCGAAAGAACAAUGUCUGCAACUUGACGACAGCUAUACGUCUCAGAACAACGAGACGUGGGGUGAGUUCUACAAUGGAGAUUACCUGAACACUCUCAUGAGAAGAGAGAAAUUUGGAGGAAAUGUAGCUGAGUGGUCGUCGUUGGUUCAGCGUGACGAGCUGAUGAGAAAGAUGGUUCGUUCAGACAACGAGGCCGCCGUCUCACUAGCAUACACCGCGCUGCAGAUUGACUUGAAUGUCACCAAGAUUACGAUGCUGAAGUCUUACAAAAUAACACUCGGUCUAUGCUUGCCUCGGUCCUGUGUUCCCCAAGACGUGGUGUCCAUUAUAAACUUCUCUAUAAUGCUGAACGACAAUUUGAAAACCAACAAAACUGUCUCAAGGACUAUAAAGAUAACAUCUCUGAGACACGUCGACAGCUUCUAUGAUAUAAGAACUGAUUGCGGCGCCGUCUCCCUGCUGAUGGUCACCGUCACUCUCAUAAUAAUCGCCAUCAUAGCCACAAUAAUAGAUUUCGAGUUAAUAAAAUUCAAGCCGUACGUGAAAACAUCCAGUUUUGACUUAGAACAGUACAACGAUAAAGAGAACAGAAACGGACACCACAUUAAUCAGUAUUCAAAACAGACGCAUCGAAUUGAUGAGAAAUUAUCAGCGAAUCUGAAUGAAAUCAAAAGAGCGAUGCGUGAGAAGGGAAUACCUCCGUCUGUUACGCUGGACGUAAUGACACAAGCGAGGGUGGAAGGCAUCACGAGCUGCAAGCGAUGCGGCAAGUACAAGAAGCAGUGUCCCAACCUGACGAAACAAAACCUAGAAGCUUGUCCUACAGUGAAAUACAAUUCCAGCGCCAGUCUCACUACUGAGUAUAAAAUGGAGAACACGGUGUGCAAGAACCUGUUGCUGAGCUUCUCCUUCAAGCACAGCUGGGCGAGGAUCUUCAACACUAAUUUAGCGAACAAGAACCUGGCGUUGGUCCAUGCGAUGAAGAUAACAGCUGUUCUGUGGAUCGUGUUAGUUCAUGUGACGGCCGUAGUCUGGUACAAUGCAGACAACAGUAUGGACAUCAAUGAUGACAACACCAUGUUUUAUUUGCUUUGUUCUGGAACUUUAGCAUUCGAUUUGUUGUUCUUCGUAAGCGGCGUGUUUAGCUCACAGCAUUUCUUCUAUCUGAAGAGUCGUUACUCAGCUCAAGAGCUGGUGAGUCUGGGCGGUGUCUGCGGGGAGAUGCUGCAGCUGAUCUGCUUCAUCACCAACAGAGCUGUACGGUUGCUUCCUCCCUACUUGUUUACAAUCUUCCUAACGUCCGUGUUAGCGCGUGUGUCUCGUGACACCGCGGUGUUGUCAACACCAGAGAGGGACUACGACACUUGUGACAGCUACUGGUGGAGAAACAUCUUGUACCUGAAUAAUCUAUAUCCUCAGCAAGAACAGUGCAUGCAGGUGUCAUGGUAUCUCUCCAGCGAGACUCAGCUGCACGGAGUCAUGUCGUUGGCGUGUCUCCUGGUGGCUUUACAUCGUCGGCGGGCGGCCGCGCUGCUCAUGUUGAUGGUAGUUCUCACAGCCGUUACUGUGGACGUUACACGAGCUAUCAGCGACGUCGGACAACGUGUGUGGUCAUCUUUCUCCCUGUACUCGUUGAUUGUGUCUCGUCCGUGGGGCGGCGUGCCGUCCUACUGUCUGGGAGCGCUCGUGGGCUGGCUGCUGCAUGUCACCGAGGGCCGCUGUACCGUCAACAGAACCACUAGCGUGUGUCUCUGGUCGUCUUCUGUUCUGUGUGUGAUCUCGUCGUUGUUGGUGAGUGGUCGUGACCCUCGCUGGACGGCAGCGGUUCACCUCGCCUGGCCCGUGGGACUCGUGUGGCCGGUACUGGCUGGAGCUACUACAUAUUCUGACGUGACCCGCGGCCUGGUGUCCAGUCCACUAGUGUCAGGUGUCAGUCGCUUGUGUUACACCACCCUCGUGUGUCACGGGGCCGUGUGUCGCGCUCUCCUGCUGUCGGCGGACACCGCGCUCUGUUCUGAUGUGUCAUGUUUGUUCUGUUACUUCGCUGGUUGCACGCUCGUGUCUCUGUGCGCGUCUCUGUGUCUCUCUCUACUGGUCGAGAUGCCCAGCUGUUGCUUGUUGAGACGGAUCUCAGAUUAUACUUACCGGUGA